AUUUCGCCGGAAACCAAAACGAUGGCCGAGCACAUUGCCGCGGCCUUUGCGGCGCUCAAGAUUGCGCAUGAGAACGUCGACCACGUGGCCGCCUUCACGGUCGAGGAGCAGGCGGCCGUCGUCGGCCAUCUGCCGGGCGUCCUCACCAAGAACCUCGUCCUCAAGGACAAGAAGGAAGGGAUCUUCCUCAUCUGCGCGGCCGCGACCCAGACCGUCGAGGUCAAGACGCUCGCCAAGAAGAUGCAGCUCGUGAGCAACAAGGUCAACCUGCGCUUCGCGUCCGAGGACGUGCUCCACGAGACGCUCAAGGUCAAGCAGGGCUCGGUCUCGCCGCUCGCCGUCAUGAACGACACGGAGAACCAGGUCAAGCUCGUGCUCGACGCGUCGCUCCUCAAGGCGACCAAGAUCAACUGCCACCCGCUCCAGAACGACAAGACGGUCUCGCUGACACCUGAGGAUCUGCUCAAGUUUGUGCGCCACUACAACCACGAGCCGCUGAUCGUCGACUUCACCGUCUCGGUCAAGGAGGCCACGUCGCCGCGCGCCGGCCCCAAGCCGGCGAAGGCGGCGAAGGGUGCCAAGGCGCCGGCUGCCAAGCCCCAGAAGAUGGAGAAGGACUCCAAGUCCAAGGAGGGCAUGGUCUGGGCGAAGAAGGAGAACUUUGCCGACUGGUACACGGACGUCAUCACCAAGUCGCAGAUGAUCGACUACUAUGACAUCUCGGGCUGCUACAUCUUGCGCCCGUGGUCGUACGAGAUCUGGGAGCACAUCCAGGCGUACUUGGACGCCAAGUUCAAGUCGAUUGGCGUCAAGAACUGCUACUUCCCCAUGUUUGUCACGAGCGAGAAGCUCAACCGCGAGAAGGACCACUUGGAAGGCUUUGCCCCCGAAGUCGCUUGGGUCACCAAGUCGGGUGACGCCGACCUCAAGGAGCCCAUUGCGAUCCGCCCGACGUCCGAGACCAUCAUGUACCCGGCCUUCAAGAGCUGGAUCCGCAGCCACCGCGACUUGCCCGUGCGCCUCAACCAGUGGUGCAACGUCGUCCGCUGGGAGUUCAAGAACCCGACGCCGUUCAUCCGCACGCGCGAGUUCUUGUGGCAGGAAGGCCACACGGCCCACGCGACCAAGGAAGGCGCCGCGAAGGAGGUCAUGCAGAUCCUCGAGUUUUACGCCGGCGCGUACGAGGAGCUCCUCGCCGUGCCCAUGAUCAAGGGCAAGAAGUCGGAGAAGGAAAAGUUUGCCGGCGCCGACUACACGACGACGAUCGAGGGCUUCAUUCCGUCGACGGGCCGCGGGAUCCAAGCCGCGACGUCGCACCACCUCGGCCAGAACUUUGGCAAGAUGUUUGGCAUCUCGGCCGAAGACGACCAGGGCCAGAAGCUCAUCCCGUACCAGAACUCGUGGGGCUUUACGACGCGCUCGAUCGGCGUCAUGAUUAUGAUCCACGGCGACGACAAGGGUCUCGUGCUUCCGCCCCGCGUCGCGCCGCUUCAGGCCGUCAUCAUCCCGAUCCCUGUCACGGACAAGGACGAGACGGACAAGAUCCACGACAAGGGUGACGAAGUCCUCGCGUACCUCCAGGAGGCGGGCAUCCGCGGUGAAGUCGACCACCGCCGCCUGUACACGCCCGGCUGGAAGUACAACCACUGGGAGCUCAAGGGCGUGCCGCUCCGCCUCGAGCUCGGCCCCAAGGACAUCCUCAAGCAGCAGGUCCGCGUCGUGCGUCGCGACACGAACGAGAAGAUCGACAUUGCGUUUGCGGAUCUCAAGACGAAGCUCCCGGCGCUCCUCGAGACGAUCCAGAAGGAGAUGCUCGAGCGCGCGCGCAAGGAGCGCGACAACUGCAUCCGCAUCGUGACGCAGUGGUCGGACUUUGUCAAGACCAUUGCCGACGGCUGCAUGGUGCUCACGCCGUUCUGCAACGAAAUCGAGUGGGAGGAGGUUGUCAAGACGCGCAGCCGCGAAGAGUCGCUCGCGAUCCUCGGCGAAGACGGUGAGGCCGACAACACGGCGACGAGCGUUGCGGCCAAGAGCCUGUGCAUGCCGUUCGAGAACAACGAGAUGCCGAUCGAGCCCGGCACCAAGUGCUUUGUCUCGGGCAAGGACGCCAAGUGCUGGAUCUUGUGGGGCCGCAGUUAUUAAGCCUUUUCAAACACGAGUGUGCUUGGUUUUGUACA